AUGUCGGCUUCGCCGAGCUCAAGAUCUCAAGUGCCCGACCGAGGUAUUUCCCUGGCACCUUUCAAGCACGCCGACAAUGAGCGAGGAUUUGAGAAGCUGCCCAGCGUCAUCCCCGAUUCACAAACUGCACCAAAUGAAUACUUAAGCCAGAUUCCAGUCAAACGGUUUUCUGUGCCGAAAGAAGAGGUCUCAUUAUCGAACCUCUCUGAAGGAUUUUCUUUUGGUUCAAGGCAGCCACACCGUCCCGGGCAGUUCUCUCAGCGGCCCCAAGUUGACCGUUCCCAGUCUAAUGAAUCCUCGAAGUUUUUUCCCGGAUCUAUUAACCCCUUCCCUCGUAUCUCUCCGCCCGAUAGACCUCGUCCCCCCGAUGUCCAGACUCCUCGCCCUCCACCGACUCGACCUCAGCCCCCUGAUGUUCAGGUCCCUCAUAUCUCUACACCUAGUCAAAUUCGCCCCCCUGGUGUCCAGGCCACCCGCCCUCCACCUUUGGAACUGCCUGAGAUCGGGCUGGUUGGAAGGCAGUCUUCCCCCGAGGUUCAUCCCCCUUCACCGGGUCGAGAUAUCACAGAGUCACCUGGUCAACAGGAUCACUUCUCACCGAGAUCAUCUGGGAUAGGAUCUCAGAAAGGAACACCUCUAAAGAGCGUCGCUAGUGCCGCGGUAACAUAUGCUGAGAGUCCAAAGCUUGCCGCCAGAGGCACAGCCCCUCUUGCUACUAUGCAUGCAUCGUCCCCGAGGACUAAAGCAUUUUCGAGCUCGUCACAGCAUGCUGAGAUAUCCAAGCAAGUGGAAGUAUCCAGAAAAACAGAGGCAGAAGACCGGCCCGUGUUGGUCCCGGCGAGUGAUCACGUAGAACGAAGGUUUGAGCAUCUGAAGCUGCCACUUCCACACAUCGCCAGGAGUGGUACAGUUCAAUAUCAUGCAUCACCUGACAGCACUUGCGGUGAUCUAGAAGGGCCUACUCCACAAAGUCCAAGGACUGCAAGACGAAACCGUACUUCACGUCGUCACAGGUCAGGGCAGCUGCCCUCAAGGUCUGAACAUCACAGAAAUCCAGAGAGAGAUCAUGAUCGACCGAAUUCCAGAACAAGCAAUAUCUCCCGGAAACGUUCUUUCAGGCGACAUAUCCGAUGUCAGCCUUCAAUAGCUCCUGACCGAAAGAAGCUUGCCAUGCAGAACGUGGCUCAACACUGGAAUGAAUGCAUUCAAAUCUCCGAGGCCGAGCGAAUUGAGGCAAUCCGAGAGAUUGCCCGCCUCGAGGACGAGGUUCACUGUGCAGAAGAAGCCUUGGAGGACUCAAAGCAGGUCGUGGCUGAAAAGGAAGCAGCAACCCAAGAGUUAAAAGACCUCUAUGAGACUCGAAAAGAAGAAGAAUCUCUGGCUGAGAAGGAAACCCAGAGGCUAGCGAGUGAGGUCGAAUCCCUCCGUUCAGAUCUGGCCAAAUCUCACGAAGAAAAGACAUCCUUCCAUGAGAAGUAUCGCAAAAACAAGAGCAAGCUCAACGAAGCCAUCAAAGAACAACAGGAUCUUUUUAUUAGAGCUCGUAAGCUCUACGAUGAGAUUGUUGAAUUGCAGAAAGAGAAAGAGAGACGUGCCGUUGACGUCGAAGCCGUUGAGGCAGCUCUCGAAGAUAGUCGAAAGAAACGCGAGGAGCUGAGAAGCUGCGUGGAACAAUACCGAACUGAGACAGAGCAAGAGACACAAAAGAAAAACCAUGCCAUUGACAAGUUGAAGGCAAAGAUCGAGUACCAACAGCAGGAACUCGAUCGUGAGCGAAGUGCAGCCAUUGAGCUUCAGAGCAAGCUCAAAACAGAGUCAACUCUGAUGGACAUGGUCAAGAAUAUGCACUCUGAUAUUUGUUCACUAAAAGAGAACAACGACAACCAUAAUGAAUGGAGCCGGAGGCAAGAUAUGAUGACCGGCAGUCUCUCGGAAAGACUCGGUCGCAUGAGUGAUGAUGUGAAAUCACUCACAGAGGGCCGAAUUGUGAAUGACGAGGUCAGAACAAUGUUUCAGAACUUGGAAGCCAACAUCACCAGUCGAUUGACAUCAGAGAUAUACAACGUCAUCUCGUCACAGGCAAAGACUGAAAAGACUGCGGCGUGUUUCCAAAAGACUGUCCAAAAUCACUUCGAAAAGCUGCAUAGUAACAUAGUUGAACGGCAGACAGCCCAGUCUCAAUACAGACAAUGGCACGAGAAGUCUCACCAGGUUGUCGUUGAGCACCUGAGCAACAUGUCUGCCGGUGUUCUUGAAACCCGCCAAUCUUUCGAAGAACUGAAGAACAACUGGGCCGGUUUCGCUGCAAGUGACUCGGUUUGGAAGGACAGCCUCAAGGAGAAUUUUCACAACGAGGUCACCAAGCAGCUCAAAGACCGAGAAUCAAAGAUUGACAAGCUUGAAGAGACAAUUCAUCGAGUUUCUCGCGGAUGGGCCCAGAAGCUUGACACCAUGAAAUCAUCUGUGACCGACAACCACGAACAGGCCAAGCAAGAUUUACAGAGAGCUUUUCGCGAGAUCGGAGAGACUCUUGAGAAAAGGAUUCAGGAGGAGAGGGUCGUAUCUCGUGAGGACAUUUCAAAAUCCGAAGCCCUCCGUAACAUGAUAGAAACCCAUCUCCAGCAAGUUCGACUGCAAUUGGAAGCAGCGUCAUCGAACGAACCAGAAACCCAGCUUCUACGAGAAGCACUGUCUGAAGAACGUACAAAGACUUCUGCUUUGAAAGAACAGGUCGUCAACCUACAGAACGACGUGGGCACCAGCAAUGAGAUUUGUCAGAGGGAACGCCAAGACCUCAACGCUAUGGGAACACUCAAGUGUCAGCUGGAAGCCAUGAGUGAGCAAGUGCCUCAUGUAGAGAACCUCAACACAACUUUCAACAAGAUGCUUGAUCUUAAUCAAGUAUUACAAUCAACUGCUCUCUACUUGAGCAAAGAACACAAUUGGGUCAAGGGUCAGUUAGGCCCCAAACCACAGGGUAGCGAGAUUGGAACCGAAUCAGCUCACUUUCAAGAGCAACGUCAUGAGGGGCUCCUCACCGGUUCCCAGACCAGAGGCACUGCUGUAGAACAAUCUACCAGCCUCAAUGAUCUUUCCACAAUCAAUGUUCAUGUACAAGGAGACAGAUAUCGUCGCAAGGUUGUCGUAACCAGUCCUGCACUUGAAGCUUCGUUGCCGGCCCCUCCGCCUUCAGUUGCACAAGAGCAGCAGAGACGACGAGAGUCUACUGUUCCACGGCCCAUCUUACGGUCGACAACGGCAUCAACACAAGAUGCUGAGCUCGUUAGAGCUGCUGUGAAUCAUGACCAAUACAACAGACCCGUGAUGGCCAGAGCGAGCUCAGCUGCGGGUGGUGCCAAUCCAUUUAUGGUAGAACAAAUCCGGUCAGGUUUAAUUCCAACAAAGCCGAGAGAUCAGGGCUGGGAUUUUCCUACCCUUGAGGAUUUCACUAGAGAAUCUGCUUUGGGGGGCAAGGACGAAGUCAAGCAGAACCAAAAGCGCAACAUUACGCUUGGCGAUGGAGCAAACGAUGGUCCUCAUGUCAUGAAAAAAGUCAAAACAGAGAAUUAG